CUCGCGUUUCUUUAAGAACUUCUAUAAUAAAUGUUGCAAAAGUUUUAUAUUACGAAAGUUUCUUAAGUGCUUUUUAUAUUUUUUAAAAUAUUAAUUAUUUUUUAGUAUUAAAGCAGUGCUUUCUUUUUAAUAUCGAUUAAUAAAUUUUAUUAUUGCGUACAUAUGUCAUUCUGACAUUGACUGUAUCGGUUGAAUUCGCGCGCAUUUAUCGGACACGAUAAUUGAAAUUUGAAAGUACCUAUUAAUUCCAAAGAUAACAAGUGUUAGUAGACGGUGGAAGUUAUUAAUAUAUAGAAUUUACAUAAUUAGGACAAAUAAACUGUGGAUACAACUUAAAAGAUUGCAGCCAGCCAUGCCGUUCAUAGACAUAGCGUUCCAGGCUGAAGUCAGCAGGUUUGAGGACCAGGAGUUCGAGGAGUGCGCCAGGAGGAACUGCUCCGAGGACCCAGAGACCAGGCAGACGGCCAUUCACAACCUACGGAACCUUAUAUACCAACGUGGUGAGUGUAAUCCGAGAAGACUAGACGACGCGUACCUCCUGCGAUUCCUGAGAUGCAGGAGAUUCAUACCAGCUCUGGCACACAAAUUGAUUGUCCGAUACGAAGAGUUCCGUCGCAAGAACUCCUACUUGUAUGACUGCAAGGCCUUCGGUCUCCAGAAGGUGAAGGGGGUAUACGGAGGCACCCUGCCGGAGAGUCCGCACCACGGCAGGAUCACACUCAUGAGGUUCGGUCGUUGGGACACGGAAGCCGUCCCCGUGGUGGACGUGGUCCGUUGCGCUCUGCUGAUGGACGAGAUCGCGGUCAUGCAGCCCAAGUUACAAAUCCUAGGCGUCACCAUCAUAGUCGACCUCGAGGGUCUCAGUGUGAGACAUGUCAGACACCUCACACCCACUAUAGCGCAUCAGAUCGUCAGCCUCAUGGGGGUGUCCUUCCCCCUGCUGCUGCACGGCCUCCAUAUAGUCCGCUACAACUGGAUCCUGAACACAUUCUUCUACGUGUUCAAGCAGUUCAUACCGACUGCGGCCUGGGAGAGGGUCCAUUUCCACGGACACGACAUGGCCUCCCUCCACAGACACAUACCCCCCGAGUACCUCCCGCCGGAGUACGGGGGCUGCUGCCCUCACGUGGUGGAGGUCGACGAGUGGGUCAGGAAGGUCGACAGGUUCAAGGACGACUUCAUGGUCAACGAGCUCAGGGAGCUGGGCUUCACCGUCGACGAUCAGCAGUAUAAUAAAUUAUAUGAAAUAUAAAGAA